GUCUUCUAGAUGCCUUCUUGAGCCUGAUUGUGGCCACCCACAGACACUUGUAAGGAGAAGAGAAGUCAGCAUAGCAGAGAGACUCUGAAAUUAGGAAAUAGAGGCUGGGAUUCAAGGAGCAAGAGCUGCAGCCAGAACACAAGAAGGCAAGCCCUGAAGACACUUCUACUGAGAGGUCUGCCAUGGCCUCUCUUGGCAUUCAACUUAUAGGCUAUGUCCUGGGCUUUCUGGGACUGUUGGGCACCCUGGUGGCCAUGCUGCUCCCCAGCUGGCGAACAAGUUCUUAUGUUGGUGCUAGCAUUGUGACGGCAGUCGGCUUCUCCAAGGGUCUCUGGAUGGAGUGUGCCACGCACAGCACAGGAAUCACCCAGUGUGACAUCUACAGCACCCUUCUAGGCCUGCCCCCCGACAUCCAGGCUGCCCAGGCCAUGAUGGUGACGUCCAGUGCAAUUUCCUCGUUGGCCUGCAUUAUCUCUGUGGUGGGCAUGAGAUGCACAGUCUUCUGCCAGGAUUCCCGAGCCAAGGACAGAGUGGCGAUAGUGGGUGGAGUCUUAUUCAUCCUUGGAGGCCUCCUGAGCUUCAUCCCUGUUGCUUGGAAUCUUCAUGGGAUCUUGCGGGACUUCUACUCCCCAAUGGUGCCUGACAGCAUGAAAUUUGAAAUUGGAGAGGCCCUUUACUUGGGCAUUAUUUCCUCCCUGUUCUCCCUGGUAGCUGGAGUCAUCCUCUCCUUUUCCUGCUCACCCCAGGGAAAUCGCCCUAACUACUAUGAUGCCUACCAGGCCCAGCCCCUCGCCACUAGGAGCUCUCCAACACCUGGUCAACCACCCAAAGUCAAGAAUGAGUUUAACUCCUACAGCCUGACAGGGUAUGUGUGAAGAACCAGGGGCUAGAGCUGGGGGUGGUGGUGGCUGGGUUUGUAAAAACCAGUGGACAGCCCCCCCCCUCCCUCGGGGCCACAGGUGAGGGACAUUGCUGCUGGAUUAUGUCAGAAGGUGGUGCUGAGGAUAGACUGACUUUGGCCAUGGGAUCAAGAGAAUGCAAAAAUGAAUGCUGGUGUGACAGUGUCCAGGUUGAACUGUCAAUAUGCUUACCAAAUCAGUCUUUUUGUUUCCUUCACCUUAGUUCCCAACCCUACACCCUGAAUCGUGCAACCCUCAACUCCAAAUCCAUCCCCUACUCUAGGCCAGACUCCAUAGCUCCAAUUUGCUUUUUGGUUUACCUGGUAAUCCAUUCAUAAACCCACUGAUCACAUCCCAUGGACUGACGCUUUCUGUGAUCAAAGACCAUCCCUCUGGCUGAGGUUGACUCUCAGCUCAUUGGUGGGGGUUGAGAAAAGAAAGAGUGGUGGCUUUUAUAAAGAUGGUUAAAAUCCUCCUCCUCAAGCUUCCCUCCAAAUAAGCUGACUGGCCACUAAUGGGCCCUGGAGAGUCCAUUCCAGUCUUGUUAUGACUCCACAGUGCUCAGACUCAUUUGUGCACAAACAGAAAUAGAGCCAUCACACUGUACAGAGGGAACAAAGAACAACUGGAUGCAGGAUGACAGGGAAGGAAGGUAGCUGAGGACCCAAAAGACCAGAGCCACUUCUCAGAGAAAUUCCAGAAUUCUCUCACACUUCUGUGUUAGGGAUCUAGCCCACAGCUAGAGGAAAACAAGGAAAGAAGAUAUGAUGUAAAGUUCCACUCCAGGCAGCAGCAGACCCUUACUCCAUUGAGGAACUGCCUCAGAAGCUGCAGCCCCAACUUUCACUGAAGUUUCUGCCUCCCUCUGAGGCACCUGACCUGGCCUCCUAUUAAAUAACAAGGCUAAGGGCCCCACACAAUGAUUUCCUUAAGAAUGGGAAAUUAAUUUUUCUAGAGAUGGCCCUUGACUGGGAGGUGAGAGUGUGGGAGCUAUGGGGACUGUGAAAGAUAUCAUUCCUGGAAAGAUAUCAUGCCCAAGAAAGAAUAAGGACUUUGAUAUAUCAGAAGCUAGGUGGACAUGUGUGCUUCUUUAGUAGAUGUUUCUUUUGGGCCAGAGAGAGUCAGCUUCCCAGAGAGACUUCAAACCUAAUAGAAAAUCAGCUCAAAGGCUGAGAUCAGACACCCAGGGGUCUAACCAUAGAGCACACUACAGAGACUGAAAGACCACAGUACAAGGUGGGCCUCCUUAUUGUCCUUCAUAUUCCCCACAUCUUCCAUCACCAGAUACUCCUGAGCUGCUAAAAUGCAUCCAAGGGCUUCAGCAUAGAAUAAUCAGGCCCAACGUGUUAUGGCCCUGAUCUGAGUGAUAGCUAAGCUGCUGCCUGGGAUUUCAGGUGAGGUGAGAAAGUACAGAAUGGUUCCCAAGCAGACGGUUCAAGAUCCAAGACCUGAAAAUGCUCCAUUUCCCCUGAAGUAGAGGUGGAUGUGUGAGUCAUAAACAAACCAAAGGCAUUUUUGCUCACAACUUCCGAAGAACUCUAGUACACCUCCCCAAACCUCAGUGCCAGCAGAAAGGGCCCAUUCAUUGUAUCUAGCGUGCCUUGCAUGUUUUCCACUUCCUUCCCUAUGUUUAAGCUGUUCUUCCAGACUGGAAAGCCCUAUCCCUUUUGCAAAGUUUUCCUCAUGCUGAACAACUUGCUCAGCACCAUCUACUCCAUUGAGCCUCUCCAGACCACUCUGUCCCUUUCUUCCCCUCCCUCAAUGUACAAUUCACUUCUUUGAUGCUUAUCAUUCACAAUUUUGAUGCAUAGUUAUAUUUUCAUGUUUGUAUAUUUGAUUUCACAAGUACAUUGUAAACUUUUGUAGGGUAGGGGCCAUAUCUUAGACAUAUAUGUAUCCUCUAGACUUACAGAUAAAGAUCUGUAAGAGUGUUUGGCAAAUAGUAGAUAAUCAAUAAACAUUUGUUGAUUGAA